UUGCGCGCCAUCGUUCCAGGCGGUCGCACAUUCCACGGUGCGCUGUCGCUUUGCCUUAAUGCCAUAGCCGCAACAACCUGCCAACCUUUUGAAACCAAACUCAAAACGAACCGAAACUGCCUUCACACACAAGUACCUAAACCAAACCCGAAUAGCUGCCAAUAGAAACCAAAAAUACCAGAGCCGUCGUAGCACCGUUCCCCGGAAAGAAGAAGAUGGGAUCGCCGGGAUCCCAAGCGCCCGCGAUCGCGCCCUCGGUCGGAUGUGGAACCAGAAACGGGCGGAGAGGUCUCGGGGGGUCGCUGCUCCUGCGCCUCCUAGUGGUGGCCUUCGUCCUCAACGCCUGCCACGUACCGCUGACAAGUGCCAAGAAUCUGGAAGAUGAUGGGGACUUUGUACUGGCAGACAGAGACUCGCUGCCGGACAGCAACGAGUUCGGUGACGAUGACGUCGCCUUCCCAAACAACGAGCUCCCUGCUGUCUCAAAUGAGGAGUUGGAGGAGAAGGACUCGUCCUGGUUAGGCCAGAAGAUCCAUCGCGUCCGCCGUUCCAUAAACCGCUUCUUCGGCGCCGACGACGAACAGGAAAAGGAACGCGAAAUGCAGCUGCAACGGCGACGUAAUCGCGAAGCCCGGCAGAAGGAACUUCGCCGCCAACAGAAGGAGCUUCAGAGCCGAGAGAAGCAGCUGCGGAUGGAGCGCCAGCUGGAGAAGCAGCGACUGGCCAAGCGGGCCAAUCACGCCGUAUUCAAUCGCCUCACCGAUCCUCGAAAGCGGGCUUCCGACCUGUACGACGAGAACGAGGCAUCCGGCUACCGCGAGGAGGAAACCACCCUCUAUCGAACCUACUUCGUCGUUAGUGAACCGUAUUCCAGCGAUUUCAAAGAUCCGGAAAGCGCUCAGUUCCAGAACCUGCAAAAACUUAUCGACGACAAUUUGCGCACCUUCUUCCAUACCAAUUACGAUGGAAACGAUGACGAGGAACAGGAAAUUCACAGCGUUCUAGAGCGAGUCGAACCCACCACCGACAAUUUCAAAAUUCGGGUCCAACUUAGGGUAGAGCUUCCUAGUUCCAUCAACGACUUUGGAAUUAAGCUAGAGCAGCACUUGAAUACCUACCAGCGGAUCCAUCAAUUGGGCGCCAGCACUGGUGGCGUCUUUUCCUUCAGCGAAGUUAAUGAAGAUGAUCGCUACAAGUUGGUAAUACCGAGAACGAGUUUCUUUGAACCAGGAGUUCCAGUAAAUAUGGGUCGUGAUGCAUUAGGACGACGCCCAGAUUUCUCUGUGGAAGACCCCAUUGUUUCAUUGCCCACGGAUGAGGUGGAGGGCUCCGGCAGCGAAGACUCCGGAAGCUGUCGUGGAGAUGCUACCUUCAAAUGUCACUUGAGCGGAAAAACCAUUUGCGAUGAAAUGCGAUGCGAUGGAACGAGUCAAUGUCCCGAUGGCGAGGACGAGGAAGGCUGUGCUUGCAACGACCUUGAGUUCAAAUGCGAUAACAGGUGUCUGCCGCUCUCGAAGCGCUGCGACAGAAGAGUCGAUUGUCAGGAUCAGACGGACGAGGCCGGAUGUCCUCGUGAAGAGGAACCUGAACCAGAGCCUGAGCCAGAGCCUGAGCCUGAGCCAGAGCCUGAGCCUGAACCGGAGCCCGAACCAGAGCCCGAACCCGAACCUGAACCCGAACCUGAACCCGAGCCUGAACCUGAACCCGAACCUGAACCCGAGCCUGAACCUGAACAAAAACCAGAAUGCCUGGCCACCGAGUUCAAAUGCAACAAUGGAGACUGCAUCGAUGCUAGGAAGCGUUGCAAUCACAUUGAGGACUGCAGCGAGGGCGAGGACGAGAACGAGGAGUGCCCCGCCGCCUGCAGCGGAAUGGAGUAUCAAUGUCGCGACGGCACGCGCUGCAUCAGCAUAAGCCAACAGUGCGACGGCCAUUCUGACUGCAGCGACGCCGACGACGAGGAGCAUUGCGACGGAAGUGGUGACGAUGACGGGGAUUGUCGGUUCGACGAUUUCCGUUGCGGAACCGGUGAGUGCAUACCGAUGCGUCAGAUGUGCGAUAACAUCUACGAUUGCAACGAUUAUUCCGAUGAGGCCAACUGCGCCGAGGAGGAGGAUAGUGUGGGCAUACCCAUUGGCCACCACCCGCAGAUUUCGAGUCGCGACGACUGGCUGGAUGUACACGAUGCGACCGAGUACCAGGUCUAUCAGCCAAGUCAUGUCUAUGAGACGGCCAACUCCAAGAAUCCCUGUGCCAGCAAUCAAUUCCGUUGCACCAGCUCGAAUGUCUGCAUUCCGUUGCAUUUGCGCUGUGAUAACUUCUAUCACUGCAACGAUAUGAGCGACGAGAAGGACUGCGAGCAGUACGAACGCCGCACCACGCAGCGACGCCCUUUGACCUCGACCAGGCCCACCUUCACCACCCAGGGGCCAGGGCAGCUGGAGCGUCGCAACACAACGGGAACCUCAUGGAGCACCUCCAGAGGCACCGAAGCACCCCAAUGGCCCUGGCCAGCGGCAACGAGAACGACACCCGCAGCCAGAUCCACCGAGACAGCGACCACUAACCCAUUAACAACAGCAGGCGUAGCGAGCAACUCGCACCAGUCAUGCCUCGAAAACAUCGAAUUCGCGUGCCACAAUCGCGAUUGCAUUCCGAUUGAAAGCGUCUGCGAUGGCAUCCCCGACUGUGGACGCAAUGAAGACGAGGACGACGCUCUUUGCAAGUGCACCGCCGACAAGUUCAAAUGCCAACGUGGCGGAGGCUGCAUUCCGAAAACACAGGUGUGCGAUGGCAAACCUCAAUGCCGCGACCGCAGCGACGAGAGUGCCUGCCCUUUCCAUGGAAGAUCUAAUAAGACCCGUUUGGGGGUUCAGUGCCAGGAGAACCAGUAUCAAUGUGGCGAUGGCAGCUGCAUCUCCGGCUACAAACGAUGCAACGGCAUCAGCGAUUGUGACGAUGCCUCCGACGAAUACGACUGCAACUACAACUACGACAACUAUCCGGAUCCACUGAGUGAAUGUGAUAUCCUUGAGUUUGAAUGUGAUCACGGUCUGUGCUUACCGCUAGAGAAGAAGUGCGAUGGCUAUGCAGACUGUGAAGACAUGAGCGACGAGGUCGAGUGCCAGCCGUACACAGCCACCCAGCCACUCGAUAUCAUACAACCCUCACCCACAUUCACAAACCACAUUCGCUCCUCAUCAUUCGCAGAGAAUUGUCUGUUGUCUGAGUUCGAAUGCGAUGGCUACUGUCUGCCCCGCGAUCAGUUAUGCAACGGAAUUAUCAAUUGCCAAGAUGGCAGCGACGAGCGCAACUGUACCUUCUGCCGGGAAGAUGCCUACCUUUGCACCACUGGAGAGUGCUUAGCCGUAGAUCAGAGAUGCAACGGUAUCGUCGAUUGCGCCGACGGCAGCGACGAGCGUCACUGCGUACUCAACACCACAGAGACCAACUACCAUUACCCCACACAAAACCCGAGUCAGAGUCCCAGACCAAAAUCCUGCCGACCCCACCAGUGGCAGUGUGCGAAUCUCGAGUGCAUCGACAGCAGAUUGCGGUGCGAUGAAUUUGAGGAUUGCUCGGAUGGAUCCGAUGAGGACCUCAGCAUUUGCUUCGGCACGGCCACUACUCGACUAAAACCCAGCGACUGCAGUACGGAUCAGUUCUUCUGCGAUGAGUCGUGCUACAAUCGCUCCGUUCGAUGCAACGGCCUCAAGGAUUGCUCUGAUGGCAGUGACGAGGUGGGCUGCUCCUUGCAACCACUGCCAUGUCCGCAGCACCAGUGUGCCAGUGGCCGGUGCUACUCGGAAUCUGAGCGAUGCGAUCGCCAAAGGCACUGCGAGGAUGGUUCCGAUGAGGCCAACUGCUGUUACGGGGAUCAAUUCCGCUGCAACAAUGGCGACUGCGUUUCUGGAUCCGCUCACUGCGAUGGAAAGGUCGAUUGUAGCGACCACUCCGAUGAACUAGACUGUGGCGGAGACGUGCAAUGUCUGCCCCACCAAUUCCGCUGCAAGAGUGGGCAAUGUGUGAGCGCCACAGCCCGCUGCAACAGACGUACCGAGUGCCACGACAGUUCCGACGAGGAGAAUUGCGGUCUUCAUCAUGUUGAGCUCAACCAAGGAACCACCGGAGGUGCAACCACCACCUCGACCAGCUCGACUGCCAUGACGCCACUGAGAAUCAUCUGCCCGCCCACCUCAUUCAAGUGCGAAAAUGGACCCUGCAUUGCGCUGGGUCUUAAAUGCAAUGGCCAAGCCGAUUGUCCAUACGACAGUAGCGAUGAGGCCGAUUGUGGCCAAAUCAGCAAUGAUAUUGAUCCCAAUGAACCUAGCAGUCCUGGACGUGGAUCGAACCAACUGAAACUCAGGACCUAUCCCGACAACCAGAUCAUCAAGGAGAGAUAUAUUAGGGAGGGUCGCGAGGUCAUCUUCCGUUGCCGUGACGAAGGUCCCGCCCGAGCCAAGGUCAAGUGGUCCCGACCCGGCGGACGACCUCUGCCCCCCGGUUGCACCGAUGUCAAUGGCCGCCUGGAGAUUCCCAAUAUUAGGGUGGAGGAUGCUGGAACCUACGUUUGCGAGGCUGUGGGUUACGCCAACUUCAUGCCCGGCCAGCACGUCACCGUGAACCUCAAUGUCGAGCGCUCGAACGACCUCGAAUCCCGACCGGACGCAGCCUGUUCAGAAUUCCAGGCCACCUGCAUGAACGGAGAGUGUAUUGAUAAGUCGGGCAUCUGCGAUGGCAAUCCGGACUGCUCGGAUGGCUCCGAUGAGCACAGCUGCAGCUUGGGUCUCAGGUGCCAACCCAACCAGUUUAUGUGCUCGAACUCCAAGUGCGUGGAUCGCACUUGGCGCUGCGAUGGAGAAAACGACUGCGGGGAUAAUUCUGAUGAGACCUCUUGCGAUCCGGAGCCAAGUGAUGCUCCUUGCCGAUAUGAUGAGUUCCAGUGCCGCAGUGGUCAUUGCAUUCCGAAGAGCUUCCAGUGCGACAACACGAACGAUUGUAAAGACAGUACUGAUGAAAUUGGAUGCUCGGAACCCUCUCCGAUGAAACUGUCACCGCCUUCGGUUGUCGUGAGGGAGUACGAGGUGCUCGAGUUGACCUGCGUGGGCACCGGAGUUCCAACGCCGACGAUCGUAUGGCGACUGAACUGGGGCCAUGUGCCCGACAAGUGCGAAUCGAAGAGCUACGGUGGCACUGGAACACUCCGGUGUCCCAACAUGAGGCCACAAGACAGUGGAGCCUACUCAUGCGAGUUUAUCAACACACGCGGCACUUUCUAUCCGAAAACGAACUCCAUUGUCACCGUGACCCCGGUGCGCACAGAUGUCUGCGAAGCCGGAUUCUUUAAUAUGCUGGCCCGCAAGUCGGAAGAGUGCGUCAAGUGCUUCUGCUUUGGAGUGUCCACCGCCUGCGACAGUGCCAAUUUGUUUACCUACGCCAUCCAGCCACCGAUCCUUUCAAAACGCGUUGUCAAUGUGGAGCUCAGUCCAUUCCGCCAGAUUGUGAUCAACGAAGCUAGUCCAGGUCAGGAUCUGCUGACCCUGCACCACGGCGUUCAGUUCAGAGCAUCGAAUGUUCACUCCUCAGGCCGUGAGACGCCCUACUUGGCCCUGCCCUCGGAUUACAUGGGCAACCAGUUGAAGUCCUAUGGUGGCAAUCUGGUCUACGAGGUUAGCUACAUGGGCAGUGGAAGACCAGUCAGUGGUCCUGAUGUGAUAAUCACCGGCAAUCGAUUCACACUAACCCAUCGUGUUCGCACUCAGCCGGGUCAGAAGAACAAGGUGAAAAUCGCAUUCCUCCCGGGUGGAUGGCAAAAGCCUGAUGGUCGCAAGGCCACGCGAGAGGAGAUCAUGAUGAUACUGGCCAAUGUGGACAAUAUUCUGAUUCGACUGGUCUAUCUGGAUACCACCGCCCGCGAAGUGGAUGUGGUAAAUAUCGCCUUGGAUUCGGCAGGAAGUGCCGACACGGGAUUGGGCAGUGCCUCUCUCGUGGAGAAGUGCACGUGUCCGCCGGGCUAUGUGGGUGAUUCGUGCGAGUCCUGUGCCUCAGGCUAUGUAAGGCAGGCUAGAGGACCCUGGCUGGGACACUGUGUGCCGUUUACCCCCGAACCCUGUCCAUCCGGAACCUACGGAAAUCCCCGACUUGGUGUGCCCUGCAAGGAGUGUCCUUGCCCCUUGACCGGCAGCAAUAACUUUGCCAGUGGCUGCCAGCAGAGUCCCGAUGGCGAUGUGGUUUGCCGGUGCAAUGAGGGUUACUCGGGAAGGAGGUGCGAGCACUGCGCCAGUGGUUACCAGGGGAAUCCCCUGGUUGCCGGAGGAGUUUGCCGCAAGAUACCCGACACCACCUGCAACGUGGACGGCACCUACAACAUCCAUAGCGACGGCACCUGCCAGUGCAAGGAUAGCGUGAUUGGCGAUCAGUGCGACACCUGCGCACCUAAGAGUUUCCAUCUCAAUUCGUUCACCUACACUGGCUGCAUCGAGUGCUUCUGCAGCGGAGUGGGUUUGGAUUGCGGUAGUAGCACAUGGUAUCGCAACCAGGUAACAAGCACCUUUGGACGAUCGCGCGUCAACCAUGGAUUUGCUUUAGUCACCGACUAUAUGCGUAAUACCCCGGAGACCGUGCCGGUGUCCAUGUCCCCACAGACCAAUGCGUUGAGCUUUGUCGGAUCCAGCGAGCAGGCUGGCAAUACGCUCUACUGGAGUCUGCCAGCCGCCUUCCUGGGCAACAAGCUAACCUCUUAUGGAGGCAAGUUGAGCUACACCUUGAGCUACAGUCCCCUGCCCAGUGGCAUAAUGUCUCGGAACAGUGCCCCGGAUGUGGUGAUCAAGAGCGGCGAGGAUCUGAGGCUCAUCCAUUACAGAAAGUCUCAGGUUAGCCCCAGUGUGGCCAACACCUAUGCGGUGGAGAUCAAGGAGAGCGCCUGGCAGCGCGGCGAUGAAGUAAUUGCCAACCGUGAGCACGUCCUGAUGGCCCUGAGCAAUAUUACGGCCAUCUACAUCAAGGCCACGUACACCACUAGCACAAAGGAGGCCUCGCUGCGUCAGGUCACUUUGGAUACGGCCACGGCCACGAAUCUUGACACUGCCCGUGCCGUCGAAGUGGAGCAGUGCCGCUGUCCUGAAGGCUACUUAGGUCUCUCCUGCGAGCAGUGCGCUCCUGGCUUCACCCGCGAUCCGGAGGGCGGAAUCUAUCUGGGACUCUGUAGGCCGUGCGAGUGCAAUGGACACUCGAAGGUUUGCAACAGCGAAACCGGCGAAUGUGAGGCCUGUUCUGACAACACUGAAGGCCCCAACUGUGAGCGAUGCGCCGUUGGCUUUGUGGGUGAUGCCACACGUGGAACUCCGUACGACUGUCAAUAUGAAGACGGAUACCCAACGGCGCGUCCUCCGGCACCGGGCAAUCAAACCGCCGGCUGCGACGCCAUUUGCCAGCCGGAGGGAACCUACGCAUGUCGCGGCAGCGAAUGCCAGUGCAAGAGGAAUGUGCUUGGCGAUCGCUGUGAUCAAUGCCGUCCCGGAACCUACGGACUGUCGAAGCAAAAUCCGGAAGGCUGCAAGGAAUGCUACUGCUCCGGACUGACGACACUGUGCCGCUCGGCGUCUCUGUACCGCCAGCUGAUACCCGUGGACUUCAUUCUGACGCCACCGUUGAUUACAAACGCUGACGGUGAAAUCGUGGAUACGCUGAACCUUAUUCCCGACAUAUCCAACAAUAUAUACACCUACGCGUACGAAUCAUAUACUCCCAAGUACUGGAGUCUUAGGGGCAGUGUGCUGGGCAACCAGCUCCUCUCGUAUGGCGGACGCCUGGAGUACCGUCUUAUAGUUGAAUCCAUAGGCCACGACCAUGGUGGUCAGGAUGUGGUACUAGUUGGCAACGGACUUAAGCUGAUCUGGUCGAGACCUGACGCGCAUCUCAGCCAAGAGGACUAUCAGGUGCGACUGCAUGAGGAUGAGCAAUGGACAACCGAAGAGCGUGGAUCAGCCCGCGCGGCGACCCGUUCCGAUUUCAUGACUGUCCUGUCCAAUCUGGAGCACAUUCUGAUCUUGGCCACACCCAAGAUCCCCACCGAGAGGACCUCGAUAAGCAAUGUCAUCCUGGAGAGUGCCGUGACUACGAGGACGCUGGGAGCUACGCAUGCUUCCGAUAUCGAGCUGUGCCAGUGUCCACCCGGAUAUACGGGUAACUCCUGCGAGUCCUGCGCUCCACUCUACUACCGCGAUAGCAACGGAGCCUGCAGCCCGUGUCCUUGCGAGGCUUCCAACACGGAGUCCUGCGCUCUGCUCAGUGGAAACUUCGUCGAGUGUCGAUGCAGACCACGCUGGAGGGGUGAUCGUUGUCGUGAAAUCGACUCCUUUGAACCAACUCCGGGACCGGACCCCAGCACCGACGAUCCCGUGCACACCCAGAUCAUCGUGUCGAUCGCCAAGCCGGAGAUCUCCAUUGUGCCCGUGGGUGGAUCGCUGAGCCUCAGCUGCAGCGGUCGAACGCGCUGGAGCAAUACCCCGGUCAUUGUGAACUGGUACAAGGAGCACAGUCGCAUGCCCGUGAGCUUCGAUAUGGAAGGCGGUGAGCUGCGUCUGUACAACCUGCAGAUUAGCGAUUCUGGAAUCUACAUCUGCCAGGCCAAGAACAACGAAACCGGACGCAUCUUCACGGAUAACAUCGUCAUCACUGUUACCCCGACGGACCAACGCUCAGCGGCGGAGAUUGUGGACUUGCCGAGCGAGGUGACCUUCCAGGAGUACGUGAGAAAUGAGAUCGUCUGCGAGGUGCGGGGCAACCCACCGCCAACUGUCACCUGGACUCGGGUAGAUGGCAUCGAGGCCCAAAGUACACGAACAUACGGCAAUCGCCUAGUCUUCGAUUCGCCCAGGAAAUCGGAUGAGGGUCGCUAUCGCUGCCAGGCAGCGAAUGACCAGAAUCAGGAUGAGAAGUACGUGAUCGUCUAUGUGGAGAGUAAUCCUCCCCAGCCGCCGCCGCCGCAGGAUCGCUUGUACAUCACACCGGAGAUGUACAAUGGUCUAGCCGGUGAAUCCUUCCAGUUGCAAUGCCAAUUCACAAGCGCUGCCUCUCUGCGCUACGAUUGGUCCCAUGAUGGGCGCUCCCUGUCUUCGUCGCCCGCGCGAAAUGUCCAGGUCCGUGGCAAUGUGCUGGAAAUCCGAGAUUCCACUGUCCGCGACUCCGGCGUCUACACCUGUGUGGCCUUUGACCUUCGCACUCGUCGCAACUUCACCGAGAGCGCACAUGUGUACAUCGAGCCGGCGGGCGAGCCACCAAUCCUUGGCGACAAGCCGCAGAUCCUGAGCUUGGAGCAGAAUAUCGUGGUCGUGCAGGGCGAGGACUAUAGCAUCACCUGCGAGGCCAGUGGAUCGCCCUAUCCCUCCAUCAAGUGGGCCAAGGUUCACGACAAUCUGGCCGACAAUGUCCACAUCAGUGGCAAUGUGCUCACUAUCUAUGGAGCCAGGCUCGAGAAUCGUGGUGUCUACUCCUGCUUCGCCGAAAACACUCACGGAAACGAUCAGUCCAGCACUAACAUCGACAUUGAACCCCGGGAGCGGCCGAGCAUUAGGGUUGAUGCGCCCCAGCAACCGAUUCUGGUUGGCUCCCAGGCGUCCCUCUACUGUGACGUCGGUGGUAUUCCCGAACCGACCGUCGAGUGGGUUCGUGCGGAUGGCCAGCCCCUGUCACCGCGUCACAGAAUCGAGGCACCCGGCUACGUUUUGAUCGAAGAUAUUCAGAUCGCCGACAGCGGGGCCUACGAGUGCCGGGCGAUUAACGUUGCUGGCCAGGUGACCGAAACGGCGACCAUUACCGUUCAUGAGGCGGCUAUCGUCCAGAUACAGCCCGAUACCCAGAGCAUCCGUCUCACCGUGGGCGACGAGCUCUCACUGUCCUGCGUGGGCAGUGGCGUCCCCACUCCUUCGGUUUUCUGGAGCUAUCCGGAAAAUGUGCAGCAGCACGUUCUGCGUUCCGAAUUUGGUCAACGUCCCGCAGGCAACUCUGCCGACGUCAAAAUAUACCGGGUGACAAAGGAAGAUGAAGGCAUCUACACCUGCCACGGAUCUAACGUUGCCGGUGAGGAUCAACGCUAUAUUCGCGUGGAGAUCCAAGAGAGGCGGGGUGACAUUGGAGGAGUAGACGAGGAUCCCGAUGUAGAUGGUGACCGCCGCCCCCCAAUUCAAGUGUCUCCCAACGAUCGCCUUGGCACCGGCUUGGGCGAUAAUGUGACCCUGACCUGUGACAUCGAGAACGUGAACACGCGGUGGGAACGCGUAGAUGGCGCACCCUUGCCACCCAAUGCCUACACUGUGAGAAACUCGCUGGUGAUAGUGUUCGUGGAGCCACAGAAUCUGGGUCAGUAUCGUUGCAAUGGAAUCGAUCGCAAUGGCAAUGUGGUGGCCCAUGUCGUGAGGGAGUUGACCCUCCUGCCCCUGCCCAGGAUCACGUUCUACCCGAAAAUUCCGCUGACCCUGGAACCGGGCCAGAAUUUGGAUGUCUACUGUCAGGUGGAGAACGCGCAUCCGGACAACGUGCGCUGGACCACCGACAACAAUCGACCCCUGUCCAAUUCCGUUCGCAUCGAAGGCAACGUCCUCCGCUUCACGUCCAUCACGCAGGCGGCUGCCGGUGAUUACCGCUGCAGCGCCAACAACGAAUACGGCACUCGAUCAGAGAGCGCAAGGGUGACGGUGAAGAAGCCCGGUCUCUUCCAGCCGGUGGCCCCGGUGCCCGGUUCCCAGGUGCAGCAGCGCCGCGUGGGCGAGACCAUUCAGUUGCGAUGCAGCUUGACCAACCAGUACGGCGGGGACCACCGCGGCAACAUCCAGUUCAACUGGUACCGUGAGGACAACCUUGCAUUGCCCCACAACGCCCGUCCCGACAGCCAAGUGCUCGAGCUGACCAAGCUGCAGCCCGAGGAUGAGGGCCGCUAUAUCUGCAACUCGUACGACCUGGACAGAAGGCAGCCACUGCCGCCCGUCUCCAUCGACUUGCAAGUACUAAGAAUACCCACCCAGUAUCCUAUCAAUCGGUUCAAGGGCGGUGUCUCCCUGAAGGAAACGCCCUGCAUGGUUCUGUAUAUUUGUGCAGCGGUAUCAGUGGCCACUCCGCCCCCACUCUACCUGCCGCCAGUGCCAACAGCGCCCCCCUCUACAGGAUGGAUCCGCGAGCCCCAGCUGACCCUGAGCGAACAGUCCUCGAACCUGCUGGCAGGGGAGGGCACCACCAUCGAGUGCUACUCCUCCGACGAUUCCUACCCAGACGUCACGUGGGAACGGGCCGAUGGAGCUCCGUUCAGCGAUAAUAUCCGGCAAGUGGGCAACAAUCUGGUAAUCAGUAAUGUGGCUCCCAGCGAUGCCGGCAACUACGUGUGCAAGUGCAAGACGGAGAUCGAGGGAGAUCUGUACACCACCAGCUACCAGCUUGAGGUCGAGGACCAGCCCCAUGAACUGAAGAGCUCCAAGAUAGUCUACGCCAAGGUGGGCGCAAAUGCGGAGCUGCAGUGCGGAGCGGAUGAGGGUCGGCAGGCCAGUUACCGCUGGUCCCGCCAAUAUGGACAACUCCAAGCGGGACGCAGUCUGCACAAUGAAAAACUCUCACUGGACCGCGUGCAAGCGAACGACGCCGGAACCUACGUGUGUACAGCCCAGUACGGCGACGGUGAGACGGCGGACUUCCCCAACAUUUUGGUUGUGACCGGGGCGAUUCCCCAGUUCCGACAGGAACCUCGCAGCUACAUGAGCUUCCCCACGCUCUCCAACUCCUCGUUCAAGUUCAACUUCGAGCUGACCUUCCGUCCGGAGAUCGGCGACGGACUGCUGCUCUUCAACGGACAGACCCGCGGCAGCGGUGACUAUAUCGCUCUAUCGCUGAAGGAUCGCUAUGCGGAGUUCCGGUUUGAUUUCGGUGGCAAACCGUUGCUGGUGCGGGCAGAGGAGCCACUGGCUCUGAACGAAUGGCACACGGUGCGCGUGAGUCGCUUCAAGAGGGACGGAUACAUCCAGGUGGAUGAGCAGCAUCCGGUGGCAUUCCCCACGUCCCAGCUCCAGCAGAUACCCCAGCUGGAACUGAUCGAGGAUCUGUACAUUGGCGGAGUACCCAACUGGGAGUUCCUGCCCGCCGAGGCCGUUGGCCAGCAAUCGGGCUUCGUGGGCUGCAUCAGCCGCCUGACCCUGCAGGGACGCACCGUGGAGCUGGUCCGCGAGGCCAAGUUCAAGGAGGGCAUCACCGACUGCCGGCCCUGUGCCCAGGGACCGUGCCAGAACAAGGGCGUCUGCCUGGAGAGCCAGACAGAGCAGGCUUACACCUGUGUGUGCCAGCCUAGAUGGACUGGCCGGAAUUGUGCCAUCGAGGGCAAUCAGUGCGCCCCCGGAGUCUGCGGCGCCGGACGCUGUGAGAACACGGAGAACGACAUCGAGUGCCUGUGCCCCCUCAACAGAGCCGGAGAUCGGUGCCAGUACAAUGAGAUUUUGAACGAGCACAGCCUCAAGUUCAAGGACAACAGCUUUGCGGCCUACGGAACUCCCAAGGUCACCAAAGUAAACAUCACACUGUCCGUGCGUCCCUCAAGUUUGGAGGACUCUUUGAUUUUGUACACGGCCGAGUCCAGUUUGCCCAGCGGCGAUUACCUGGCGCUGGUACUGCGCGGUGGCCACGUGGAGCUGCUGAUUAACACGGCCGCCCGUUUGGAUCCCGUGGUGGUGCGAUCGGCGGACCCGUUGCCCCUGAACCGCUGGACAAGAAUCGAGAUAAGACGUCGCCUGAACGAGGGCAUUCUCCGGGUGGGCGAUGGACCAGAGCGAAAGGCCAAGGCCAAGGCCCCGGGAACAGAUCGCAUUCUGUCCCUCAAAACACCCCUCUAUGUGGGUGGCUACGAUCGGUCGACGGUCAAGAUCAACAGGGAUGUGAACAUCACCAAGGGCUUCGACGGCUGCAUCUCCAAGCUGUACAAUUUCCAAAAGGCCGUUAACCUGUUGGCGGACAUCAAGGAUGCGGCGAACAUCCAGAAUUGCGAGGAGACGAAUGAGAUAGGUGGCGAAGGGGAAGGCGUUGACAAUGAGCCACCAGUUCUGCCUCCAUCCCCAACGGUCCACGAGAGUGAACGGCAGGAGUUGGCUCCUUGUGCCAGCGAUCCCUGUGAAAACGGAGGAAGCUGCAGCGAGCAGGAGAAUCUGGCCAUAUGCUCCUGUCCCUUCGGCUUCAGCGGCAAACACUGCCAGAAUCACCUCCAGCUGGGCUUCAAUGCCUCGUUCCGCGGCGAUGGAUACGUGGAGCUGAAUCGCAGCCACUUCCAACCCGCCCUGGAGCAAUCGUAUUCCUCGAUAGGCAUCGUCUUCACCACCAACAAGCCGAACGGUCUGCUGUUCUGGUGGGGCCAGGAGGCCGGAGCGGAGUACACCGGACAGGACUUCAUCGCCGCUGCCGUGGUCGAUGGCUAUGUGGAGUACUCCAUGAGACUCGAUGGCGAAGAGGCGGUGAUCCGGAACAGCGAUAUCCGCGUGGACAACGGCGAGCGACACAUUGUGAUCGCCAAGAGGGAUGAGAACACCGCCAUGCUGGAGGUCGACCAAAUUCUGGACACGGGCGACACCCGACCCACCCUCAAUAAGGCAAUGAAGCUGCCGGGCAAUGUGUUUGUCGGUGGCGCUCCGGAUGUCGCGGGUUUUACGGGCUUCCGCUACAAAGAUAACUUUAACGGCUGCAUUGUAGUGGUCGAGGGCGAAACCGUGGGCCAAAUUAACCUAAGUUCAGCUGCCAUCAAUGGAGUGAAUGCCAACGUGUGUCCCGCUAACGACGAACCCCUGGGAGGAACCGAACCGCCAGUCGUCUGAGGACACAUCCAGCAACCGAAAUUAGCUUUUUAAUUAAAAAUUAACAAAUGAAACAAAAGAAAAACAAUUUUUAUAUAUACAACAUAUGCAUAAGCCAAGCAAAACAAAAAAAUUGAAUAUUAUAUGACGAAAGGAUUAUAUUAAAACAAAAAAAGAGAUAAACGAUCACUUCUACUACAUGCUGCAUUGCUUCUCGAUCCUUAAGUCUAGGUUAAAGAUUGUAGCAAGAGAAAAACGAAUAUCACAAACAUUUAUUUAACAAAAGCGCCGUGCGAGAAGUGAAACGAAACAGAAACAAUAAUGCAACUAAUGCAUAUAAUACAGAUAAAGCCUAGAACCCUAAGAACUAACUAACUAACUAACUCGAGCAACAACAACGCAUACUAGCCAACUGCAACCACAACAACCACAAUAGUGAAGGCAUUUUAAUUAUAAUUUAGUCUCUAGCUGUAACUAUGACUACGACUCUUUUUUUUGUGAGCCCAGUGUAAAAUGUUGGAAAUCGGAAAUUGGCCCUACACACACACACAAGUUAUUAAUUAAAUACCAAUUGAUACCACAUAAUGAUACAUGAAAUACUAUGAAUGCAACUAUUGUGACGUACGAAAACCGUUGAGUGGAUAAAAGCAACAGCAGAAGAUAUAUUAAAAUGAAAUCAACAACA